GUCAGUCUCCGCCGCGCUGGGUGCGCGCACGCAGCCUCCUUCCAUCCCUCGCCCGCAGUCGGGUGAACGACUCCCCAACAAGUAUGCGUACGAGUCGUACGACACACCACCGCCACAUUGUGCCCGCUCCUUGUUUUCGCGAACGUUGAUCAAUCUGUAUGUUUGGGUCCCGUUAACCGGAAGCGUGGGCUGCGUCACUGGCGUUUAGCUUAGCGUGCGUUUCGUUUUCGCUCGGACGGUCACAUAGACUUGAUAGUACAGGGGUUGUGUAAUAUUCGCGUCAUUAACCGCGUAGACGUGACGAUCAUGACGGCGAACGUUGUCGCUACAGUAUCAUCAGCGGGUGGGGAGGCUGGUCCCCCGGGCCCGGCGACCGAGGGCACCGACAUGAAAGGUGUUGAGGCUACGCCAGAAGAGCAGGAACGGCUAGCAACCGGAAACAACAAUGGGUCGCUGGACUGCAAACACACGGCCGCCGACCCGCAGCCGCUGCAGGGACGCUCCGUGUUCCACUCGACGCGGGUCUUCAUGUUGGUGUUCCUGUCGGGUUGGAUACUGCAGGGCAUGUUCCUGACCUACUUCGUUAGUGUAACAACCACAAUAGAAAAAUUAUUUAGAGUAGAAUCAAAGACGACGGGGACGUUACUAGCGGCUACGGAAAUAGGCCAGAUAUCUACAGCACUGAUCCUGACGUACCUGGCAGGCCGCGGACACAGGCCACGAUGGAUCGCCUGCAUGAUGAUCGUGCUGGCGGUGGGUGUGGUCGGCUGUAUCAUGCCACACCUUCUCUAUGGCACACAGUUGCUCGAAGUGCACCAGGAAGAGCAUCAAGGUGGCGCCGCGCCUGUUUGCUACAGCUACCAGAACUCCUCCGACUUGUGUGAUGCCCCACACAUAAAGAGCUCGACCACACGAUCCUCCAUCACCUCUGUUGUCAUCCCAUGGCUGUUUAUUUGCCUGCUGAUAGUGGGCGUGGGGCAGACUGGGAUAGCCACGCUGGGUAUUCCAUACAUAGAUGACAACGUCGGCAGCAGGCAGUCACCACUUUACAUGGCUAUUACCAUCGGCAUAAGAGUCCUAGGCCCUGCAAUGGGCUUCCUCCUGGGGGCUCUGUGCACCAGGGUCUACGUGGACCCGCUAACGGACCCAGGAUUCGAUGCCAGUGACCCGAGGUGGGUUGGAGCUUGGUGGUUGGGUAUGGUGUUUGUGGCUUGCUUCGUAGUGGUGCUGUCCACCUUGAUGUUCUGCUUCCCGCGUGCGAUCAAGCAGGAUCUCAUACAGAUGUCUGCCAAGAAGAUACAGGAAAAGAAUGAACCGAUGUUCAAAGAUUUCAUUGAGACGAUCAAACGGCAGCUUACAAACGACAUUCUGAUGUGGCGGACUGCUAGUUCGGUCCUCCACUUGAUGCCUAUCAGUGGGGUGUACAGCUUCUUACCCAAGUACUUGGAGAAGCAGUUCCAGCUCCCCACACAUGAAGCCAACCUUGUUUCGGGUAUGGGUGGUAUUAUGGUGAUGGGUCUCGGCACCAUUUCGGCAGGAUUCGUCAUACUGAAACUGGUGCCUUCAGCUCGACAGGUGGCGGCCUGGACAGCUAUGAGUGCUGCUAUAUAUAGUGCUGGUAUGAUAUUGCUGAUGUUCGUGAGUUGUCCGGAGGAGAACUACAGGAUGAUUAGUGAAGGAGGCAGCAUUCCUAACAGCAGUGUGGAGUGCAGUGCGGGCUGUUACUGCGCUGAUGUGGCCUUCAGUCCUGUUUGUGGACAGGUCAGUUACGUCAUCUGCGUAAAGGAAAUCGAACGUUACAACCUAUACAAUUCAUCGGAGGAGUAUUUGUCGAAUCCCCUGGGUUUCGCCGUGAGUGGAGAAUGUGGCGGGUCGUGUUCCCAAGUGUACGUGUUCGUGGCCGUGUUCGCCACGCUCAUGUUCAUACAUGCCAGCGGGGAGGUCGGCGGCGUACUACUUAUCAUACGCUGCACUGACAGACAAGACAAAGCGAUGGCGAUGGGUGUGAUUCAGUUCGCAAUAGGAGCGUUUGGCAACGUGCCGUGUCCGAUAGUGUUCGGCGCGGCCGUGGACGCGGCCUGCCGCGCGCGGGACGCCGUCUGCGGGAUUCUCGGCGCCUGCGCAUCCUAUAAUAACGAUAGCUUCCGAUACUUCUAUUUAGGUUUGUCGUCAUUCCUAAUGUUCCUAGCAUGCAUAAUGGACAUUUUGGUGUGGAGCAAGGCGGGUCGCAUUGACAUGAACCCGGAGGAGCACCCCGAACCCGAAGGAUCCGUGGCACUCACAAACCCAUCCGAUACACAACUCUGACCUCAAACUAACUACGAGUCACACUUGUAAGUGACCACACGACCUUAAGCCAAGGCAAUACGGUUCUUAUUUCAACCGUUAAAAACUUAAACUUAGGCGUGGGACAAUUAACCUUACUUGUAAGUGUUACGGUCUAAAUUGCAACGACACUGAUCUGAAUAAAUCUUAGCCGCGGACAGUUAUUAACUAUACAUGUAGUUUACCCAGUGGUAAGAUCGAUAAUGCAACGACGCUGAUCCAGUUUCAGCUAUCGGACAAUUGUGAAUCUUAUACUUGACUAUUAGAGUCGAAAUUUGUAUGCAAGAGGAUCUGAGAGUUGUGUAGUUUUAGUAAAAUUUAUUAUCGUCUAAAGUUAAGGGGAUGGCAGUAAUGUGAAGGAUUGUGGGUCCAGUAGUGGGCCCCAGCGACGGUAGUUACUGAUGUGUUAGUUGUCCGAGUGUCGGCUAGACCGCCAUUGAGAGCCAUAUUUCAACACAGAACAAUGCAUGCGUUAUAUUGUAUUUGGACAAAACCUAGGUACUAUUUGUAUAUACUAAUUAACAUACGCCAAUAUUUUGGUUAUUUAUUAGAUUCUUGCUAACAUUACCUUUUUAGUAAAAUGCCAGUGUUAUUGUUUGAACUUUACGGUUUCCAUGGCAACCCUUCAACCUGACUGAACAAUGAAAUACUUGUAUCGUGCAUUUUAUAAUAAAUCUGUGCAUUUUAUACACUAGUUACUUUACCGCAUAAGUAUGUGCUCAAUUUUGUAAACAUAAUAAAAAAGUAAUAAAACUACAAAUGGGUUCAGGCAUAAUAUAUAAAGUUACAUAUUACUAUGAUAAUAAUUAUUUGGGAGCAAGUGUUUAUACGAAAUUACAGCUAAAACGAUUAGAGCCGAUAUUUGGCGAACAUAGCAUUAAUUUUUAGGUAAAUAAAAUACAUAUAUAUAUACUAUUUAAAAGAAGGUUUUGGCCCACUAACGCACGGGUCUUUUUACUUAGCUAAUAUACUGUGUUAGUGGGCUUCAACCGUCUCUGCAUAUUUUUCAUCAGUCCC